GAAAAUUAACUUAUAUCGUUCUCUAUUUCUGAACAUAGGGCCAUCUUCAAGUUCAUAAGAAUGUAAUGGAUGUUACGUAGCAGGAAUGUGUAUUUGUAAUGGUACAACAGGUGUAUAUAGAAGACUUUAUACCUGUUUGAAAGUAGAAUGUGUUGGGGGCAUAAUCAAAGUUCUUCAAACUUAUUGCAGGGAUAAUGCAGGAAAUUGCUUACACAUUAAUGCCGUACAAUUUGGUGUUCUUGGUAAUUUUUGUGUAAGAUUUUCCUGCACGAUACAGAACAAUAUACCUAGAUUAUUCGUACAUUUGGGUCUGGAUGAAUUCAUUGAAUUCAUUGGCAAAAAUUUUGAUUCCAAUUAUUGCCAUUCCCACUGUUUUUGGGGAACUUGAUGUAGCUUCAGAAUGUAACGGAUGUUACAUGACAGGAAUAUGUAUUUGUAAUGGCUCAAGUGGCAUACUUAGAACGAUGUAUGAAUGUAUGGAAGUAGAAUGCCUCCACAAUGAUAUAAAAAUUCAUAAAUCGUAUUGCAAAGAUAAUAAAGGAAACUGCAUGGAAAAGGAUGAAAAACGGAUUGGUGUUUAUAACAACCGCUGCGUAACAUUUACAUGCAAAUUUUUAAUGGAAAUUCCACGGAUAGAUGUGCACUAUAAUCUAGUUUGUAUGCUGGAGCAUGUUUACGCAGGCUGGCAGAAAUUGAACAUGGAUCAUCUGAAACAAUGUUAAAUAAAAAUUUGAUGUUCGAUGCUUUUUCAUCUCUG